CCACGCCCUGUCUUGCAGAGCUCUGGCCUGGGACUUGUCCUCCCUCAUGUCCCCAGAGUCCCACUGCCCUCCCGCUCUGUGCACACAGGUGAGGCCUGGCUCAGGGAAGGAGGCAGCAGAGGGAACAUCCCCGUUUGUUCUCAUGCUGUACCUGAGAGGGGCUGGAGCUGCAAACCGGCAGCUGCCAGGCAUGCAGUGAGUCGAGAGCUGCUUCCACCACUACCCUGAACUGCGUGACCUGGCCUGGUGCUCACACAGGGGCCAGCCAUGCUGUGGAAGGUGACACUGCUUGUGGGGUUCCUUGUGCUGGGGACCCCUGACCAAUUCGUGGACAUUGACAAGAAUGGGAAGGCCUUUGCCAUAUCUGUGGAGCACGUUGUGUUUCAUUUCAAUGAGGCCCAGGAGGACCCAUUUGCUUACAAGUUCCUUCGGGUCUGGCAGAGCCAGGGCGAGUUCUUUACCGGGACAUAUUUAAUAGACCUGGAGAUGGGCCGCACAGUGUGCAGAAAACACGAUGAAGACAUUGACAAUUGCCUGCUGCAACAAGACACAGGAAGGAGGAAGGUGCGCUGCACUUACAUUGUGAAGACCAUAGAGUGGUUGACCAAGUUCUCCAUCCUGAACAGCACCUGUGCUCAGACCGAGGUGGAGAGGGCCUGGCUAGCCCUGUAAAUAUCCCCGUCUUUGGGAGUGUGACACCCCUUUGUCCUAGGUCUGUGUGAACAGCACAAUUAAAGGCCUCUCACAGCACUUUAAGAUC